UUGAAAUCUAACGUGUAUUACAUUGAGUAUCGCGCGCAUUCCGAUGGCUAACGCUAAGCGCACGAGUUUGGAUGGCUUGAUUGAUUUUGAGUUCAAUGAAACGAAGUAUGAUUCUAGCAAUCCAUUGGUCCUGCUUGGAAACAAUGAGUCACAAUCUAAAGGAAAACAAAAACCAGAUUCUAUUAAAGCUGUUCAGAAUCAAAUUUUGUCAAAAAAGCGAAGGAAGGAGUUAGAGCGUAAAGUUGCUCAAAAGGAAAAGAAGUUAUCGCGUUCGGAAUUGUGGAAGGAAUUAGAGCAGUACAAAAAAUCUGAGACUGCCCCACCUGUAUCUGUGUUACCUUUGUUCAACAAACUUAAGAAGACAGAGAAACGAGUACAUAAUUCAAAUAUUAAAGGAAAGUCGUGGAAACGGGAAUGCCGUGAAUUGUCAGAUGCUUCAAAGUCUACGGACGAGUAUAGCAGUGAUGAGUCUGUUUCGGAGACGGCAAAUCCAAAUGACACCGUCAUUUCAGAACAGUGCCCAAAUAAGGAUGAUACUCACCCAUCUACCCAAAACAGUACUGAAAAGGAGCUUGAAAUUGAGGUGGUUCAGUCGGGAAAUACUUCCAAACCUGCUAGGUUUGUUUUAGUUUCACGGACACCAGAAGUAGUAACAUCCCGUCUCGCACUCCCCAUAUUAUCGGACGAAGCGAGCAUCAUGGAAAGUAUCAGUGAAAACGAUUGUGUUAUAAUCUGUGGGGCCACUGGGUGCGGUAAAACUACACAAGUCCCACAGUUUUUAUAUGAGGCAGGAUAUGCAAUGGAAGGGUAUAUGAUUGGGAUAACGGAGCCACGUCGUGUAGCCGCAAUAUCAAUGGCACGUCGAGUUGGUGAGGAAUUAAAUUUAACACCUAGCCAAGUAUCUUAUCAUAUUCGGUAUGACAAGGAAGUGACGAAAGAAACAAUGAUAAAAUUCAUGACAGAUGGAAUCCUUUUGCAGGAAAUCAAACAGGACUUUGAGCUAUCACGAUAUUCUGCCAUUAUAGUAGACGAGGCCCAUGAACGUUCAAUUUACUCUGAUGUGAUUUUGGGUCUAAUAUCUAUGAUCGUACGUCUACGUCGGCGGAGGCUUACGGAAAAUAUACCGACAAAUGGUAAAGUUUUACUACCUCUAAAGCUGAUUAUCAUGUCUGCAACUUUGAAAGUGAACGAUUUUUCUGAAAACCGUCGUCUUUUUCCACAAUCCCCUCCACCAGUCAUCCAUGUUGAAUCACGCCAGUAUCCUGUAACGUGUCAUUUUGCUAAGACAACAGAUCCAGAUUACCUGAAGGCAGCAUUUCGUAAAGUAGUAUCAAUUCACAAAACUUCACCACCUGGUGGAAUUCUGGUGUUUGUCACUGGUCAACAGGAAGCAAAUACACUUUGCAGUUGGCUUACAAGAGCGUUUCCAAAGAUAAAUGAGCAUGCAGCUAACUCAGUAAAUGAAAAGUCUAGUAAAGUUGAUGGACAUUCAAAACAGCAAAGACAGUUGCCAAAAGAAACUCACAAGUCAUCUGUAUCUGCAGAUACUUCGAAUGAAUGUGGGAAUGUGGGUGUAGAAGAAAGUGAUCGUUCUACCUCAUGUAUUGAUUUGAACAAUUUCGACAUUAUUCCUGCUGACGAGGAGACAGAAAUCGGUCAUACUCGUGUUCACCGUAAAAGCAUAGUAAAAGAAGAAAAGAAAUUAACUGAAUAUAAGAAAGAAGAAGCGGAUGACAGUGAAGUGGAGGAAAUUGAUGAUGAUGACGAUAUCCUUGAACAAAUUAGUCGAACACGUAGUGAGUCUUAUCCUGGUCCAUUGUAUGCACUACCUUUUUACUCAUUGUUGCCUCCUGAACGUCAACAAAAUGUUUUUCAUCCACCACCUGAGAAUCAUCGUUUGGUUGUGGUUGCGACCAAUGUAGCUGAAACCUCACUUACUAUCCCGAAUAUACGUUUUGUCGUAGAUACAGGCAAGGUAAAAACUAAGGUGUAUGAACCAGCAACAGGGACGUCUAGUUUUGAGAUCAUAUGGAUUAGUCAAGCAUCUGCUGAACAGCGAGCAGGAAGAGCUGGUCGUGUUGGUCCUGGUCAUUGUUACCGUUUGUACAGUUCACAGAUAUUUUCGAGUAUGAAACAGUUCUCCGUUCCUGACAUUCUUGUACGCCCAAUUGACGAAGUUGUUUUAAUGUUAAAGUUGUAUUUGGGAAGUACAAAGCUUUCACUUUUCCCUCUACCUACUCCACCAUCCACUCAAGCGAUCGAAGCUGCUGAACGUCGUUUGCUUGCUUUAGGUGCUCUGAAGGAAGUUGAAAAUACCACAGGAGGUCAAUCUCGUACAAUUUCAGACGCUGGGAAGUGGAUGACGAGAGUUCCAGUGCCUGCACGCUUUGCACGGAUGUUACUAUUCGCGAAUCAAUGCCAUCUAAUGCCGUAUGCUGUGAUACUAGUUGCUGCUUUAUCUGUACCGAAUCUGUUUGUAUCACAGACUUCGGAUACACCAUUUUUAUCGGAACAGGAAAAGACAUUUCAGUCUAACUUUGUCCAGCAAUUUGUUAGAAAUAAAGAAGAUCUGUAUCUUGGUGACCUAGCAGUACUCUUAGGUACAAUAUGCUGCCUAGAGCGCUAUGCAGCUCAACUUAGUGGUUUGAUUCCUGCAGAGCCUGGGAUAAUCGAGUCGGUUGGUGGGAAAACGUAUGUUUCACGUGAUCCCGAAGGAGCAUUGCGACAACUGGCACAACGUUGUGGUGUUCGAUGGAAUGCAUAUAAAGAGAUCCGACAACUUCGUAAACAGCUUACUGAUAUUUUGAAUGUUAUCAUUCCAGAUCUUGGCCUUGCCAUUGAUCUGUGUUUACCAAGACCCACAGAUUCACAAAUUAUUCAGUUGAGACAGUUGUUUCUUGUUGGCUCACCUUGUCAGAUUGCUAAAAAGCUAAGUGUUUGUGUCACUGGUCUACCGCCUAAUGAACGCCGACGACUUCGUUAUGCCUACGAGAUCCCAGGCAAGCAAGGACCUGUAUUCAUCGACCCAAAUUCUCCUCUGGCACGUGAGAAUUUCCCGUUCAUUGCAUAUCUAGAAGUUCACACUACAUCAAAAUCUUUUCUUCGCACGGUAUGUGCUAUAGAUCCGACAUGGAUACCAUUUUUGGCACCUCAGAGUUACUCAGUCAGUGAUCUUAUAUUGACAGAUAGCCUAGAUUCAUUAGAUAAUAAUGAAAACGAUGCGAAGAAUUUUGAUUCAUCCAACCAAAUCAAUGAUGAAACAAGUGAUACUGAUGAAUCCAACGCAUUGAAAAAGUCCACUUCCCUGACAUCCACUCCUACACCGCGUUAUGAUUCUGAACGUGAUGUUAUUGUUACUGGUGCCAAGUCUGUGAUAUAUAUUGGUUCGGGUGUUGUUCUUGAUUCUCCUGAAUUAUGUGAUGAUCAGUUUCUGGAUUUACCGAAUUCGAUUGUAGUUCCAAUUAACAGUAUAGCUGCAAGUCGGUCGUUAGGCUUCAAAGAAGCGCUUACAUGGAGUGUUCGUUGGUUCACACGUUUUCUUCUAGAAGGCAUAAUUUUUCCGGAAUUUAAGGAAUGGUUUCCUACAAAAAUAAAAAAGAAUAUUUCACCACAGAUAGUAACUGUUUCAUGGGGCGUGUAAGUUCUAAUUAAAUUGUAUUGUUUGCUAUAAUGUCGUUCAGUGAUAAUCAUAGUUAUUCUCCCUUAAAUCACAUGAGAAGACUAAUAAAGCUGAAGAAUCAACGAAUGGAAAGGUUACAAUUCCGUCAUCUCCGGGAUAUAUUCAUCAUAGAGUCAACCAUUCAAGUGAUAUUGUAGAUCUCGUUACGAGGACACAUAAAAAUUAUAUUGAAGGAUUUUGGGGCAGGUUGAAAAAUAGGAUAAGGGCUACAAAUGGAUCUCAAAAGGAUCUCAUUUAUAGUCAUUUAGAUGAAUAUAUGUACAGAAUGUGGUGUAACUUUUCUAAUGGCAGUCCGGUGCUUAACUGGGAGAUGUUUCUCUCACAUGUCAGGGAAAGAUACCCCCUGUAACAGUUUUAUGCUUUUUUCUACAAAUAUACGUUUCCAUUUAUCAUAAAUGCCUCUUUAAUGUGAUUGGUCCGUUCGAGGUCGUUUUCUGAUUGGUUGUUAGUGGUCUCGAAAGUUUAACUUUGCCAUGAGAAUUUUACACGCUUCAGUGUGUUCUUUACAAGUUAUACCAAUGGUAAAUUGACAUGGGAUUUUGUAGCUUAUCAUACUUCUAUCUCAGUGUAAGUUUGGUUCAUACAACACAGUUCGACUGUUUUUUUUUCUGAAUGAACUUAGUCAUUCAAAGUUAUGUCGAAGUCAUUGUCAUCAGGUUGUUUAGGCAGAUUAGACUAAUUUGUUGGAUAUUGUCGAUAGUUAUCAGAUGAUUAAAAUUGUCUCAAGUGUGUCGAUUAUUGUUUUUUUCACCAAUUAUUAAUAUUAGCGCAGUAGUGUUGUGUUUUCAUUUAAUCUCAGUGAGUUUCAACAUAGUAUUUAACAAAGAAGUACAGCAGUCCACAUCGUCACACUCCAUACAGUCAAUUAAAACUGAAAGAUUUCAUCAAUUCUACGUGUUCUAUCUGUAUAUAAAACUAAGUUUAAUACCUUGUCUUUAUCAGGGUUUUAUUUUAAUGCUUUAUGUGAACGCAACGUAACGUCAAUCAUUUUAAUAUUCUCAUCAUAUUUUUCUCAUUUUCGUGGAUCUACAGAGUGAGUAGCUCUGAACUUUUAUAUAGAGAGAAUAUGGAGAUGUAGAUUUGUACCCAACCGUAGUACUACCUAUUUUGACAAUUACAAAUAAUAUUUAGUUGGAAGAAAAAUUAAAAUGGCCUGGCAAACUGUUUGAAAUAAAUUCUUGAAGUCUAUUAAAUUUGUCUAAGUGUUUUAGAAUCAAAAAUAGACCGAAGUCUAUCAAAGUUUUUAUCAGCUAUAUGCUGCUCAAAGUGAGUUAACGUAGAAGUCAUGUGUUUAUAACUUCAGCUAUAGUAAAGUUGGAUCCCAAAAGGUUUCUCAAAUUAAAUUUUACAUUAUUACUGUCUGAUCACCUUUUCCAAUUCGUUUUGUCUUACUUUUUCCUAGUAUUCGUCCUGAGGUACGUUCUUUAGUGUCUGUUUUAGUCUUAGACAAGAUCGAUUCUAAGAAGAAACUUUUGCAACAGUGGAAUUCCGAUCCGUUGUAUAUUUCGAAAGAAUUGGCGUCUUGGUUGCACUCAGGAUGUGUUAGCGAGUUUCAUGCAUCUUGGCCACUGAUUAAAAAUCCAGAUACACACUGACUUCAUCUCUUCUUACAGAGUCUGUAAAAUAAUGCUUUCUUUGUCCAUAAUUUUUUCUUGCAAAUAAAAAGUGUACAGUUCGUAUGUGUUUUGAUAUCUAGUUUUUUAUGGAGCAAAACGAUAGAUCGCAUUAUCUAUGAAGCAAAGCAUAUUAUAUACACAUUCAUAUGAUUUCGAAUACUAGCAACAUAUGUGCGUAUUUUCGUGAAAUCAGUUACACUUCACGAAUGCACACACGCUCAUCGUAUUUCAAUCAAUUUCAACAAUCUUCUGUUGUCUUCAGUAUACAUUCUAAUAUUCUAGUGCUUACGCUCAUUAUCACAAUACUUCCAACCAU